GUUACACAAGUCUUUGUUACUUAACCCCUUCUUUUAUUUUUUAUUUUUAUUUUAUUUUGUUCGUAUGUCCAACAAGAUUGAGACCACUGGUAAUCCUUUUGAGGAUCCUUCCAAUCCUUUUCAAGACCCUUCUAUUGCUUCAGCACUUGCUUCUAACCGUACAGUAGAAGAAACAGCGAGUGCUCAAGCAGACAACCACUCACUCAGUGAUUUCAAUGCCACUAGUUUCCAUCAUGUCUCUGACAACCGCGAUCCUUAUUCUGCCAGCAGCACUUCACUUCCUCAAAACAACGAUAUUAGUGCUAGAGAAGAAGCCUUGAGACAGAAGGAACGCCAACUUGCAGACCGAGAAAGAGACUUGGAGGCACGUCUAUCACAACCUAUGCGAGGGGCCAACAAUUUUCCACCUUGUUUUCCUAUCUUGUACUUGGAUAUUGUGUCUGAAAUCCCCAUACAGCAUCAACAGACAGUGCUUUGGCUAUACCGAGAAUGGUUAAUGUUCUUGGUAACCUUGGUGAUGAAUUUCUUUGCUUGUUUAUGGGUCUUGUUUAGUCAUCCUGCUUCAGUGACAAGUGCACCUACAGAUAUGGGUGUAGCUCUGACUGAACUAUUCACUCAUACGUUAGCUAGUUUCUUUUUGUGGUAUCGUCCUGUUUACAAUGCUUAUAUGAAAGAUAAUUCUCUCUAUUUCUAUUUUUAUUUCAUCUUUAAUGGAUUCCAUAUUCUUUAUACCUUUUAUAUGGCUAUUGGUAUUCCCUCUACUGGUGGUGCUGGUCUUAUUUUGCUUGUCACUUUGUUUUCUGAACAUUAUAUUGGACCUGGUAUUUUAACUCUUUUGAGUUCUAUCUGUUGGCUUUCUAUGGGUUGUUUGGCUGUCUUUUUAUACAAAAAGACGUAUGAUCAUUACAAGGCAGCAGGUCAUACUUUUAAUGAAGCUAAAUCAGAAGCUUAUUCUCAUAUGGGACGCUCCACUGUUGUCCGAGAAGCAGCCGUUAAUGCAGCUUGGAAUUCAGCCAGUAGAAGAUAAAAUCACAUGCCAAAAGAAAUAAAAUCUGUACAUAUUUUUUUUUCUUA